AUGGCUGACCGUGCUGCUCCCCUCCGUUUGGGCUCCAUUGCCCCUGACUUCGACUCCGAGACGUCCAACGGUCCUAUCAACUUCCACACCUUCCUCGGUGGAAAGUGGACCAUCCUUUUCUCCCACCCCGAUGACUUCACUCCCAUCUGCACCACCGAGCUCGGUGCUUUCGCCAAGCUCGAGCCCGAGUUCACCCAGCGUGGUGUCCAGCUCAUUGGUCUGAGUGCCAACAAUGUCGACUCCCACCACCGCUGGAUCAAGGAUAUUGAUGAGGUCACUGGCUCCAAUCUCAAAUUCCCAAUCAUCUCCGACCCUGAGCGCAAGGUCGCCUACCUGUACGACAUGGUUGACUACCAGGACACCACCAACGUCGACCAGAAGGGUCUGGCUCUGACCAUCCGCUCCGUCUUCAUUAUCGACCCCGCCAAGAAGAUCCGCCUCAUCAUGACCUACCCUGCUUCCACCGGCCGUAACACCGCCGAGGUCCUGCGCGUCAUUGACGCUCUCCAGACCACCGACAAGCACGGUCUGACCACCCCCAUCAACUGGCUCCCCGGUGACGACGUUGUCGUUCCUCCCACCGUUUCUACUGCCGACGCCAAGGCCAAGUUUGGUGAGAUUCGCGAGGCUAAGCCCUACCUGCGAUUCACUAAGGUUCCCCAGUAA